UACAGUCAAAGGAUUAUUGAGUAUUUUCUUAACAAAAUACAUUGUAGUUAUUUUUGCAGCUCUUUUCCCGCUUCACAUGUUUCUUCUUGUAUGAAAAGAAACUUUACAUGUUUUUUCUUGUAUAAAAUUGAAAAAUCUUGUAGGAAAGACCAAAGUUCGUAACUUGUUUACAUGAUGCGUUUCUUGUCUCAGGACCAUCUGUAGUCAAGAUGUCACCAUCCAUAUGUGUACAAGAGAUAACAAGUGAACUGAAAGACGGUCUUAUGUUUACUGCUUACUGCUCACUGAAUCAGGAUUCAGUUUUUCCCUGAUAUUUGAGAGACCAGUAAAUUUUCUGUUAUACCUGAUGAUUUAAGCAGUAGUGAGGAACUUAGGCAAAUUUCUCAGCUUAAUUGUUGGCCCAGAACAUGUGUUAAGUAUGGUUUAACAAAAUUGGAAAGUAUCAGAAUGUAAUAAAAACCAGAGUUUGAUUUAAGCUAUCUCCUUCUUCUUCCAAUUUCAUGUAAAGAAUAAUGUUGAACUAUGUUAAUAGCAAAUUUGCUCCCUAUAAAAUCCCUGUUCCCACCUCUUGAAGUUUAGGGAUGUUGUGUCGCUACAGUUGCUGUAAUUAGCUGCCAUAAGGAGAAAUAUCUUACUGGUUCCUGUAUACCACUAUAAUAGGCAGUUUUGUUGUUUAAUGUGUUAAUAGUAUAAACAUCUUUUUCAGAGUUAAUUAAAGUUUUAGAUCACCUUUACAACAAUUCAUAGUCUUGUAACAUUCAGCAAAUUUCUGACAUGUCUACUUUAUCUGUUUUCUUUUUGUCUUACGUCUUCUGUUGGCAAUGGUUUCUAACAAAAAUGUGAUAAAUGCUUCUGCCUUUUUCAGCUGAUCACUUAAAAUGAUUAAACUUUGCAUUGUUCAUUGUUGCUAGGAAAAUAUUAGGAGAACUGUUGAGCAGUUUUUCUCCGUGUAUGAAGGACUUACACAGAAUCUGAGAAUCUAUAGGUUGUGCCUAUGUAAUUUCUUGUUUGUAUAAUGGCUAGGCAUAUUUUCAGAAGAUAACCAUAUUGUUAUAUGAUGAAACUUGUGUUUACUGCUGUUACAGAACAGAAAAACUUCUGCAUAUGUGAGCAAUAAAGCAGAAAUACAAAUUUAUUACUACCAGAAUAUGUGCUGCUAAAAAUGUAUAUAUAGAUGCUGUCAUUUCAAUUUUCAGAAGAAAAUGCUGUCUUUUUAACUGCAGAAGAACAAGGCUUUGUCUUCCUGUAAUUCUGAAGUGAAAGUUGUCAUCAACAAGAAAACUAAAACCUUUUAAAGAUAGGCGUUAGUAGUAGAAUGCUGAAACAAACUUCUGGAUUAGCUUCAUUGGCUUUCCUGCUUCUUUUGCAUCCCAAAGCAUAAGCUUAAAUCGUCUCAGAAGGACAAGGUCCGCCAGUUUAUGGCAUUUACCCAGGCUGGUGAAAGGACUGCUAUAUACUGCUUAAUGCAGAAUGAAUGGAAACUAGAAGUGGCAACAGACAACUACUUCCAGAAUCCAGACUUGUACUACAAAGAAUCCAUGAAAAAUUCAGUAGACAGGAAGAAAUUAGAACAAUUGUAUAAUCGAUACAAAGACCCACAAGAUGAAAAUAAAAUUGGCAUUGAUGGGAUUCAACAGUUCUGUGAUGAUUUAAGCCUGGACCCAGCCAGUAUCAGUGUUCUGGUUGUAGCAUGGAAGUUCAGGGCAGCUACUCAAUGUGAAUUCAGUAAAAAGGAAUUUGUUGAUGGCAUGACAGAGUUGGGGUACUGCUGGAGGCCAGAAAGGUGUGACACCACAGAAAAACUAAAAGCUCUAUUGCCAAGACUGGAACAAGAGCUAAAGGAUCCAACAAAAUUCAAAGAUUUUUAUCAGUUUACUUUUAACUUUGCUAAAAACCCCGGACAAAAAGGUCUAGAUCUAGAAAUGGCAAUUGCAUAUUGGAAUUUAGUCUUGUCAGGAAGGUUUAAAUUUCUAGAUCUUUGGAAUAAAUUUUUGUUGGAACAUCAUAAAAGAUCAAUUCCAAAAGAUACUUGGAAUCUUUUGUUAGACUUUGGAAAUAUGAUUGCAGAUGAUAUGUCCAACUAUGAUGAAGAAGGAGCGUGGCCUGUUCUUAUAGAUGAUUUUGUGGAAUAUGCACGACCAGUAGUCACAGGAGGAAAACGUAAAACUUCCUAACCCCAGACUUGUCAAUAUGGACUAAAUGUGGGCUCUGGACUGCAUUAAGUAAUGAAGAUUUGUUGACUGAUAACUGUGCACAUUGUUGCUGGUUUCAGUGGUCGUGAUGAGGUUCUGCAGACAAAACUGAAAUUCUUCCUUUCUGUCUAAAGAAAAUGAUGGCUGACUUGUGGACACUUCAAGAACAAACUCAGAAGAUAGUCCAGGCUGUUUGUAGGCUAUUGGCUUCAAUUAUUGUACUGGUUGUAUCAUAUAGGAUGUAGAUUUUGCAUGAUUUUAUACUUUGGAGAAGAUUAACUAGAGGCCAUUUUAUUAAAGUUUUGACAGCACAGCAUGCCAUUCAGUUCAUGAUCCAAAGUGAACACCAGCAGUUACAUAAAUAAAACUGUAUUAUAUUGUA